UCGAAUUCAUAGAGAAUUUGUCCACGUUAAAACAGCGUUACUGAGGGUUUACAAAGCAGAACCAAAAAAAGAUGAUUCAUAGACGACAAAUGACAUUAUAAUCAUACUAUAACGGCAUUCUAAACAUCUCAAAUUUACAAUCAGGAUGAGGCUUCUUUAAGCCAACUUUAAGCAUAUUUUACCAGCCGAAUCUAGCCGAAGGUUAAUAACGAAUAUUAACGAGAUAUUGACAACUGACAGCCGAUAAUUUAAGUUUCACAUUGGUUUCACAUUCCCUCGUGUUGUUUUCCCUAUGUUCACUCUGCGCCUUCCUUGUAGUUUCCUCCCUGUGAUAAUUGUUUUCGGUGGUCAGUGAUUCAGUGAUGGAUGUGAUGAACAAUCUCAUUAACAUACAGCUGAUAGCUCGAAUUGAUGCCAAUAGAGUGCGACGUAGGAGAAAGGUGUACCGGCGAAGAAAAGACCCUUUUACUCUGGACGACAUUGAGUUUAAAAAAAGAUAUCGAUUUAACAAAGAUACUGUACGGCGUAUUACCCAUUUAGUUCGCCAUGAAAUUACGCGAGGGCCAAGAGGGUUGGCAGUAUCCCCUGAGCUACAGGUGCUGACAGCAUUGCGGUGCUGGGCGAGGAAUGAGGUUCAGGAUGACAGUGGUGAGCUUCAUGGCAUAAGCCAAGCUUCUGUAUGCCGCAUUUGCGCUAGAGUAGCAAGAGCUCUUGCCCGAUUAAGUGACCAGUUCAUUGCCAUGCCCAACACGCUGCAGGAACAAGAGCAGGUGAUGAGGGAGUUCCGAGCAAUCAGGAACUUCCCAAAUGUAAUCGGGGCAAUAGAUUGCACACACAUCAAAAUUAAAAAAACUGGUGGAGAUAUGGCACAAUACUACAUCAAUAGGAAGGGAUAUUACUCAUUGAAUGUUCAGGUUGUGUGUGAUGCCAGGCUGCGGAUCACGGAUAUUGUGGCUAGAUGGAGAGGGAGUACGCAUGAUGCCCGAAUCUUCAAUGAGUCCAGCAUCAAAGAUCGCUUUGAGCAUAAUGCUAUGAAUGGCAGAUUACUUGGAGAUUCGGGCUAUGCUUGUACUCCUUAUCUGUUCACGCCUGUGCCCAAUCCACGCACACCACAAGAAGAAAGAUAUAAUGAGGCACAAAUCGCAACAAGAAACACCGUAGAAAGGUGUUUCGGGGUGUGGAAACAGAGAUUCCGAUGCCUCCUACAUGGACUACCUAUUUCAUUGCAAAAUGGAAAAGUGGUCAUCAUGGCACUUGCAGUACUGCAUAAUAUUGCCAUAGAUAUGGCUGAUCAUGUUGAUAUCAUGGAUAACAUUGAGGCAGGCAGAAACAACCCAGAGGAGAGAAAUGAAAAUGAUCGAAACAUAGCUGGAAAUAUUGCAAGACAAAAUUUCAUAAGAAAUAAUUUUAGAUAAUAAACAAAAAUUUGUACAUACCUAAA